UCCAGGAAAUGCAAAGAAUUGUAUGUCGGAAACUCCUAGUGAAGGAUAUUGGAAAGUUAUCUCCAGCACAACAAACAUCUUGUUUAGAAUCCUUUCACAAUGUGGUGAAUUAUUUUGCGCCAAAAGCUAGCCAUUUCUUUUACAAUCAGAUGAAAGCAAGACUCUGCCUGGCAGCCCUGCAUUUUAAUGCAAAUACUUCUCGACAACAAGCAACUCUGGAAGACGGGACAGCCAGAUACAGAAUUGCUUUUCCAAAAGGAAGAAAAGGGGAUGCUGUUCCAAAAGAGAUCAAAGUAAAACAGAAUUUCGAUUACAUCACAGAGUUAAUGGAGGAGGUAGUAAUACGACGGCUCCAGUUUACAACAAUUAAACAAGCUGAAGCAGCUCUUGCUCAGGAAAUGGAUGCUCCCCCUCCCUCUAUUGCCAGUCAACUCCGUGGUGCCAUUGGGAAUUUUGACAGGAAUGUGAUCAUUCAGAACCACCAUCAGAGGUUUACCAGUUAUGUCAGAAACGAGGAUACUUAAAUCCAGUGUAUUGU